AUGGACACACUACUGACCGCCGAAAUAGCGGCAAAUGCUCCUCGAUAUCGUCGCCGGAGCUCAACGUUUAUUGACGGCAUUCACGAUGUCGUCGAGGACCACGACUUGGCUCCGGCCCAGCUUUAUAGCACCAUGUCUGGCCGACUGUUUCACUCCGGGCGCAUAGCCAUUGCCAUGGUAGGCCCUCCAGCACGGGGCAAGACUCACAUCUGUGUCUCGCUUGCGAGAUACCUGCAAUGGCUGGGUGUCAAGACGCGCAUCUUUCACCUGGGCGACUACCGACGUGCCACUGUUGGCCCCGAAGGCUCGGUCCCUGAGGAUUACUUCUUCCCAAACGCCUCUCCGGCUUCCGUCAUAUUGCGGCAAAAGAUCCUCAAGAGGUGCCGCGAGGACAUCUAUGCCUGGCUCAAUCAUGAGAACGGCCAGGUCGCCAUCUACGACGCGGUCAAUCCGACGGCAAGUGGGCGGCGGGCCUUGGCCAAGGAAUUGGCCAAGCACGACGUUCAAACACUCUUCAUCGAGUCGUACGUCAACGACGUGCGUAUUCUCCGUGAGAACGCAAGAAACGUCAAGAUAUCGUCUCCAGAUUUUGCUGGCAUGGACCCCGAUGAAGCGGCCGACCUGUACCUGAAGCGCAUCGACAUGAGAAUCCCCAUGUUUGAGACGAUGAACGAGGGCGAGCUCAACUACAUUAGAAUGAUCAAUGCUGGAGCCAAAUUCUUCUACAACAACGUCAGCUUCAACUACCUCUCCCACCGAAUAGUCUUUUACCUCACCAACUUGCACAUCAAGUCGCGCACCACCUUCUUCGUCCGGGCGGGAACCACCGAGGAGGAAGAUUCGUACAAGGCAGACGCGCCACUCUCCGAGCAGGGCAAGAUUUACACUGAGAAGAUGUCCGAGACGCUGUUGAAGCACCGCCAACAGGAACAGGCAGAAAAGGAGGCAAAGGGGGGCACCCAGUCUCCCCUGCGGGCCCUGACCGUGUGGACUUCGACGCGCCGGCGGACCGUCCAGACAGCAGACUACCUGGGGGAAAGAGGAUACAAGAUGUCGGAGCGUGUCAUCCGGCAGAUAUACCCCGAGGAGGUGGAAAAGCAUGAGCUGGACCCCUACCACCAUAGGUAUCCACGUGCAGAGUCUUACCACGAUCUUGCCGUCCGGCUGGAGCCAAUCAUUCUCGAGCUCGAGCGGGAGCAGAACGACCUCCUCAUCAUCGCCCACGAAUCGGUCCUCCGCGUCCUUUAUGCGUACCUGAUGCACUGCUCGACCAUGGAGAUUCCGCUUCUUAGGUUUCCGCGCGACGAGAUCAUCGAGAUCAUCCCCGCCGCGUACCAGAACGAGGCCAAGCGCAUCCACAUUCCCGGCCUGGACCCAAGCCUGCUGCCCGGCUCUCCCGACGACAUCAAGUUCCCUCUGACUGGCGCCUCGACCAGUACAAAGGCCAGCGGCAGCGGCAGCAAUCCCAGCAGUGGCCAGAUGAGCCCGAUCCCCGGUGGCAUGAGCAGCCCGGCGGUGCCCGUGGAGCGCCCCCCGGAGAAGGUCAUCAACACGGCCAAGGACAUGGUUGCGGAUAAGGUGGAUGACGAGGAUUAG